CGCCUCGCCCCGCCCCGUAGCCGCCCGUUUCCUGCCGGGCGGCGCUACAGCACCUGAGCGGCGGCGGCGCCUCGGAGAGGGUAGCUCGUGCUGUAGUGCCGGCGCCGCCGCGUCUUCCCGGCCUCCUUUCCCGGGCGCGCAGGGUUUUAUAGAAUCAUUAAGAAAAGCACCAUGGAGUUUUAUGAAUCAACAUAUUUCAUUGUCCUUAUUCCUUCAGUAGUUAUUACAGUAAUCUUCCUCUUCUUCUGGCUUUUCAUGAAAGAGACAUUAUAUGAUGAAGUUCUUGCAAAACAAAAAAGAGAACAAAAACUUAUCCCUACUAAAACAGAUAAAAAGAAAGCUGAAAAGAAAAAGAAUAAAAAGAAAGAAAUUCAGAAUGGUAACCUCCAUGAGUCUGAUUCUGAGAAUGUGCCCCGAGACUUUAAAUUAUCUGAUGCUGUAGAAGAUGAGCAAGUUGUGCCUGUGCCACUGAAUGUGAUUGAGACAGUGAGUAGUGUUAGAGAAAGGAAGAAGAAAGAGAAGAAGCAUAAGCCAGUACCAGAAGAGCAGAUCACCAAAGAAACUGAUAUUUCAAAGACUCCAGGCAAAAAGGUAGAACCUGUCCCAGUUACUGCACAUCCAGUCCCCCCCAUUGAAGUAGCUGCCUCAAAGAAGAAACCAGGACAGAAGAAGUCUAAAAAUGGAAACGAUGAUCAGGAUAAAAAGAUGGAGAAUCUCAUGGCACCGUCAAAAAAGCAAGAAUCCUUAUCCCUGCAUCAAGAGGUGAAACAAGAAAGUGGAUCAGGAAAGAAGAAAGUUUCAUCAAAGAAGCAAAAGACUGAAAAUGUCUUGGUAGAUGAACCUCUUAUUCAUGCAACUACUUAUAUUCCGCUGAUGGAUAAUACUGACUCAAAUGCUUUGGUGGACAAGAGAGAGAUUAUUGAUCUGAUCAAACCUGACCAUAUAGAAGGAAUCCAGAAAACGGGGGUAAAAAAACCCCAAAAUGAAACCAACAAAGAAAACGCUGAAGUGAAAUUUAAAGAUUUUCUUCUAUCCUUGAAGACUAUGAUGUUUUCUGAAGAUGAAGCACUUUGCGUUGUAGACCUGUUAAGGGAGAAGUCUGGUAUAAUACAAGAUGCCUUUAGAAAGUCAAGUAAAGGAGAAUUGACUGCACUCCUACAUCAGCUUCAAGAAAAAGACAAAUUGCUUGCUGCUGUGAAGGAAGAUGCUGCUGCUACAAAGGAUCGUUGUAAGCAGUUAACCCAGGAAGUAAUGGCUGAAAAAGAAAGAAGUAAUGUUGUUAUAGCAAGAAUGAAAGAUCGUAUAGGAACAUUAGAAAAAGAACACAGUGUAUUUCAGAAUAAAAUUCAUGUCAGUUAUCAAGAGACCCAACAGAUGCAGAUGAAGUUCCAGCAAGUUCGUGAACAGAUGGAGGCUGAGAUUGCUCACUUGAAACAGGAAAAUGGCAUACUGAGAGAUGCAGUCAGCAAUACUACAAACCAACUAGAAAACAAGCAGUCUGCUGAACUCAGUAAGCUGCGCCAGGAUUGUGGUAGAUUGAUGAAUGAACUGACUGAGAAGAAAGGAAAGCUACAGCAAGAGGAAGUUCAGAAGAAGAAUGCUGAGCAAGCAGUUACUCAGCUGAAAGUCCAACUACAAGAAGCUGAGAGGAGGUGGGAAGAAAUUCAGAGCUAUAUCAGGAAGAGAACAGCAGAGCAUGAGGCAGCACAGCAAGAUUUACAGAGUAAAUUUGUGGCCAAAGAAAAUGAAGUACAGAGUCUGCAUAGUAAGCUUACAGACACAUUGGUGACAAAACAGCAGUUGGAACAAAGACUAAUGCAGUUAAUGGAGUCAGAACAAAAACGAGUGAAUAAAGAAGAAUCUCUACAAAUGCAAGUUCAGGAUGUUUUAGAGCAGAAUGAGGCUUUGAAAGUUCAAAUUCAACAAUUUCAUUCCCAGAUAGCGGCUCAGACUUCCGCUUCGGUUCUAGCAGAAGAACUACAUAAAGUGAUUGCUGAAAAGGAUAAGCAGAUAAAACAGACUGAAGAUUCUUUAGCAAAUGAGCAUGAACAUUUAACAAGUAAAGAGGAGGAACUUAAGGAUAUACAGAAUAUGAAUUUCUUAUUAAAAGCUGAAAUACAAAAAUUACAAGCUCUUGCAAAUGAGCAGGCUGCUGCUGCACAUGAACUAGAGAAGAUGCAAAAAAGCCUUCAUGUUAAGGAUGACAAAAUAAGAUUACUUGAAGAACAGCUACAAUGUCAAAUUUCAAACAAAAUGGAAGAAUUCAAGAUCCUUAAUGACCAAAACAAGGCAUUAAAAUUAGAAGUUCAGAAGCUACAGACUCUUGUUUCUGAACAGCCCGAUAAAGAUGUUGUGGAACAAAUGGAAAAAUGCAUUCAGGAAAAAGAUGAGAAGUUGAAGACUGUGGAAGAACUACUUGAAACUGGGCUUAUUCAGGUGGCCACAAAAGAGGAAGAACUCAAUGCAAUAAGAACAGAAAACUCAUCUCUGAUGAAAGAAGUUCAAGACUUAAAGGCUAAGCAAAAUGAUCAGGUUUCUUUUGCAACUCUAGUUGAAGAACUAAAGAAAGUGAUCCAUGAAAAAGAUGGAAAGAUCAAGUCUGUGGAAGAGCUUCUGGAAGCUGAACUUCUCAAAGUUGCUAAUAAGGAAAAAACUAUUCAGGAUUUGAAACAGGAAAUAGAGGCUCUUAAAGAAGAAAUAGGAAAUAUCCACCUUGAAAAGGCUCAACAGUUAUCUAUCUCUUCUCAAGUCCAGGAGCUUCAGAAUUUAUUAAAACGAAAGGAGGACCAGAUGAAUACUAUGAAGGCUGUUUUAGAAGAGAAGGAGAGAGACAUAGCCAGUAAAGGGAAAUGGGUACAGGAUCUUCAAGAAGAAAUUGAAUCUUUGAAAUCUGUUCAGGAGAUAGCACAUCCUAACUUCAAGGAGGCUAAUUCCACAUCACGAUGUGAAGAGCUUGAGACUAUGUUGAAAGAAAAGCAAAAUGAAAUGAAGAGAGUAGAAACUAUGCUAAAAGAGAGGGAAAGUGAUCUUUCUAGCAAAAUAAAGCUGUUGCAGGUGGUACAAGAAGAAAACAAAUUAUUUAAAUCUCAAAUUGAGCAGAACAACCAAGAGGCAUCUUUUCCUUCUCAUGAAGAACUAUUAAAUGUAAUUACAGAAAGAGAGAACAAAAUAGCCCGUCUCCAGAAUGAGUUAGAUUCUUUGAAGGAUGCUGUUGAACACCAGAGGAAGAAAAAUAAUGACCUUCGGGAGAAAAACUGGGAAGCAAUGGAAGCAUUGGCAUCAACUGAAAAAAUGCUGCAGGACAAAGUGAACAAGACUUCCAAGGAAAGACAACAAUACAUAGAAGCUGUUGAGUUGGAAGCUAAAGAAGUUCUGAAAAAAUUAUUUCCUAAGGUGUCCAUUCCUUCUAAUUUGAGCUAUAGUGAAUGGUUACAUGGAUUUGAAAAGAAGGCUAGAGAAUGUGUGGCUGGAAUUUCCAGUUCAGAUGAAGUUAAGGUUCUGGAGCACAAAUUGAAAGAAGCUGAUGAAAUGCACACAUUAUUACAACUUGAAUGUGAAAAAUAUAAAUCUGUCCUUGCAGAAACAGAGGGAAUUUUACAGAAGCUGCAGAGAAGUGUGGAACAAGAAGAAAAUAAAUGGAAAGUAAAAGUUGAUGAAUCACAAAAGACCAUUAAACAGAUGCAGUUGUCAUUCACAUCUUCAGAGCAAGAGCUAGAGCGGUUAAGAAGAGAAAAUAAAGAUAUUGAAAAUCUAAGAAGAGACCGAGAAAAUUUGGAGAUGGAACUAGAGAAGGCAGAGAUUGAACGAUCUACCUAUGUUACAGAAGUCAGAGAGCUGAAAGAUCUGUUGACUGAAUUGCAGAAAAAACUUGAUGAUUCAUAUUCUGAAGCAGUAAGACAGAAUGAAGAGCUAAAUUUGUUAAAGACACAGUUAAAUGAAACACUCACAAAACUUAGAAUGGAACAAAAUGAGAGACAGAAGGUAGCUGGUGAUUUGCAUAAGGCUCAACAGUCAGUAGAUCUUAUUCAAUCAAAAAUAGUCAAAGCUGCUGGAGACACUACUGUUAUUGAGAAUAGUGAGGUUUCCCCAGAAGUGGACUCUUCUGAGAAAGAAACAAUGGCAAUAAGUCUAAAUCAAACUGUAACACAGUUACAACAGUUGCUUCAGAAAGUAAACCAACAGCUUACAAAGGAGUAAGAUCACUUAUCAGGGUUUAGAGUGAAGUAAUUGAAGACAGUUCAUUCGAGAUAACCGAAGGCAUUGUAUUAUAUUUUGCCAAAUUAAAGCCUUAUUUAUGUUUUCACCCUUUCUACUUUGUCAGAAACACUGAACAGAGUUUUGUCUUUUCUAAUCCUUGUUAGACUACUGAUUUAAAGAGAGAGAGAGGAAAAAAAAAAAGCCAACUCUGUGGAUACCUUCAGAGUUUAGUUUUCUAAUAAAAAAAAAAAAAGUUUGAAUAAUUAGACCUUUACAUUCCUGAGGAUAAAAUAAACAUGUAUACUCUUUUAUCUUAUUUUGCUCAAUAAAAUUGUUCAGAAGAUCAAAAGUAGUAAAGACAUAUAAAAUUUAACAUUUUAAUACUGAUGUUGUACAAUGUUUUACUCACAUUUUGAGGAGUAACUGCCUCUGACUUCAACUCAAGAAAAACACUUUUUUGUUGCUAAUGUAAUCAGUUUUUGUAAUGACGUCAGCAAAUAAAGGGAAGCUUAUUAUUCA